GUUUAUUUAAAGCUUACUGACGUGUGUGUACAAUUGCGCGCGCAAUGAAUCAAGCACCAGUAUCGUGUAUUCCAGCCGGGAAGAUGUCAAAGGCGAAGAAGGUGCUCGACGAGGCCCGCGAGAUCCAGAAUCCGGAGCUGGAUCUCGCGGAUAAGAGUAUCUCGACGUUCGAGGAGAUGCCAGGAUUGCUUAAUAUGAUUAAUAUCACAAGGUUGACUUUGAGCCAUAAUAAAAUUCAAGGUAAAUUUAUGCAAUUUUUAAUGUGUAUGUCAAUAGUGAAAUCCAUUCCUCAUGUAUGUUAUUUUCUUUGUAUAGCUGUACCACCAGGCCUUGCAAAUCUAGUCAAUUUGGAAAUAUUGAAUCUGUUUAAUAAUCACAUUACUGAGCUACCAAUUUCAUUGUCGCAAAUGCCAAAGUUACGAAUUCUUAAUGUAGGGAUGAACAGAUUGGAUGUACUUCCACGUGGAUUUGGUGCAUUUCCAGUAUUAGAAGUUUUAGAUUUAACGUAUAAUAAUUUGAGUGAAAAGAAUUUACCAGGAAACUUUUUUAUGAUGGAAACCUUAAGAGCACUCUAUUUAGCUGAUAAUGACUUUGAAUAUCUACCUCCUGAGAUUGGGCAGUUAAAGAAUCUGCAAAUACUUGUAUUAAGAGAAAAUGAUCUAAUCGAAUUACCAAAAGAAAUUGGAGAAUUAACGCGAUUGCGAGAAUUACAUAUUCAAGGAAAUCGAUUAACAGUUCUACCUCCAGAAAUAGGGAAUCUAGACUUGGUAAGCAACAAAGCAGUGUUUAGGAUGGAAUUUAAUCCAUGGGUUACACCAAUUGGUGAUCAGCUGCAAGUUGGGAUAUCUCAUGUUAUGGAUUACAUUCGUUCUGAGACGUAUAGAUAUGUAUAUAAUCGACACCAAAGCGCCAAAGGACCACCACCACGAAUUGAAAAUGACAAGAGUAAGAAAAUAUCUCGUGUUCGUUAAAGCGAUAUAGAGGAGAAUUAACUAACAUCGAAAAAUAUUUUUAAACUAACGU